CUCAAGCGUCAUUCGUUCGCGCCCUCUCGGCUGUGCGCGUCGCGUGCGUUCGGACCGUUCCGAAAAGUUUUUCGACAUCGUUUGGACCGAUCAGAAAGUUACAUAAAAUUUUGAAAUUAGAAUUCUCGCGUUUUGAGUGUUGCGAACAGUGUGAGGUUUGUGAGCAUCGCUUGAACGAAAGUUUAGAUGUGCCUUCGCAAUCAUCGCUAAGCCAACCGGUCAAAGAACUGACAGCAUAAAUCUCAAAAACUUCGACUACCACUUCAGAAAAAAAAGUUUCCGCGUUAAUCCUGGCCGGUAGGAAUAGAUGCCCGAUAAUUUGGAAAAGGAAAAGUUCGAGGUUAGGCUGUGGCUUGCUGGCGGCGGUGGAUCUGGGUGGGGUGCGCGGGCGCCGUCGCGCAGCGCAGCCCGCUCGGCUGGGCCAUGGGUAGCUCGCAGCGGCUAGCCGCCGUGGCCGCAGCCUCGCAUGCGCGCCACUAUAACCACAGCCAUGAGGUGUUGCAUACGGAGACUGCGCAUUAUAAUGUCAACAUACUCUUUGUCAGUGCGACGUUAUGCGGGGUGCUAGUGGCGGUGUGCGCCGCGUGCUGGCGACGCGCCCCGUCGUCGAACAAGCCUGAAGACGUGUCCGAAGUCAGCGGCGUCUACACUGUCAGCGGAGACAGCAGACUUAACCAGGUCGUGGAACCCCCUCCCGGCCCUCCCCCCGCCUACGACACCGUGGUGGACUGCCCCGCCGAACCGAAGGACUGUUCCUUACAGGAGGUGACAACAGAGUGCAGCCGCUGCAAACCGCGCUGCGACAGCGGGCUGCCGUCAUACGAAGCUGCCGUGAUGCUGAAAGACACUAAGUUAUAAUCCCGCGUGAACCCCAUCAGCACCCCAGUAGCACUCUUUCUAAGCAAUACAGUUAGAAAGAGAUGGGUAUUCCAUAUGGUGUCGCGGCACAUGGGCUUGAGAUUCGGGCGACAGAGCCUCUUAUAGUGCUGUAUGUAAUUAUGUACAGUUUGUGUAGAUCACAACAAACAAAGGGCUGACUUCAUACAAGGUAGCUCUUAUGUUGAAAAACAGUUAAGCGUACGAGUAACCCUGUCUGACGUAAGAAAAACUCAGCAAUGGGCUCUGGUAGCGCGCUGUAUGUAUAGUAUACCUAGAAGACAACAUAGCCUUGCAGCUGUAAACCCCGUUGAAAGACACUAGGGGCCACUUGCACCAACCACUAACCCGGUGUUAACCGGUUAAAACUAGAGUUACCAUGGUUACCAGUACAAUUUGAUACUGGGUUAAUGGUUUAACCGCUUAACCCCGGAUUAAUGGGAUGGUGCAAGUGGCGCUAAGUUACACACUUUAAACCCCAAAAUUUUGCGAUGGCCUAUAGUAAGUAGCAUACCGUAUGCACAAUAUAGAAAACAACAGAGUCAUUGACCAACUGCAAUGAUUUGCGAUGCUAAAAAAUACCAAUGUUAUGAUCGCGUCAAAGCAACUUCAGGGUCCCCAGGCAUAUGCCUUAAAUUGAGCAAUGGCCUCGGGUAGUUUUGUCAUAAUCAGUCGCAGCAUAUUAAUAUUUAAAUAUACUUAACUAAAAGAUUAGACGAGCGUUUUUAUACCUCAGUUCAGUUACGCAGUUAACCCAAGUCAAUACAAUAAUGUAUACGAGUAAUACGGUUAUAUUUUACAAUUGCAAACGUGAGUGGUCAAUGUGGCGCUGCUCGUAACUUCAUAAGACAAGUCACUAUCAACGACACGAAAUCUUGAUAAAAAUUAAAAUCGUUACAGUGUACAACCCCGUACGGGCGUACGCUAUACUCGAUAUCGCGCUACGCUAUCGAUUGAUCUCGGUUAAGUGUCAAACUAUGUCGCGUGGACUCGGCUUCAACGUCAAUCCUCAAAUCGUGAUAACUAGUGCUGUUAUUCCAACUGUUUACUGAGUACAGAUGACUCGAACGCAAACUCGGGGACCACGGAACGCAUGCUCCAAGCUGACGCCGCCAUAAAUUAGUUUUUGCCGAUGUAUGGCGGUGGGCGUUGGCGUCGAACGAUGCGUUUAGUGGCCUAGGCAUACGCGCCAGUCUGAAAGUGAACUUUCUCAACAUUUCCCAAUACGAAAUCCUGACUAAAAUUAAACUGCUAGUCUAGAAUCUCGUAGCUACGCUACUCGAUAGCACGCUACGCUAUCGAUUCAUCACGGCUAAGUGUCAGACUAUGUCGCGUGCACUCGGCGUCAUCGGCAAUCCUCAAAACGUGAUAAGAGUUGAGACUCCGAGUGCUGUUAUUCCAAAUGUUUAUCGAACGAAGACGACUCGAACGUUAAAAAGUUUUUUACACCUUCUGAAUUUAGUAACAGGGACGCAGGAAUAUCUACAUAGUGUCUGACCUAGUGACGAUUGCGGUGUCCCUCAGUUACUAUAACCGCUUUGGUAUUUGGUGUUUGGAGAUUCGUCUACUGGAUUGCCUCCUAUAUCAUAAAAAAAACUAAAUACAGGAAGGUGUAACAACUUCUUAAGGUGUACUAAUUUAACUGUCACAUUGAGGCUUAAAAGAAUGCCGUUAACUUCCUAAACAUUGCCUACCAUGCCAAAACAUUGUUUCUGCAUCCGGCUCGCAUCUGCUAGGUUUCCAUUGGAAUAAAGCUCAGUCACCUUCCUUCCAACAAAUCCUAGCUGCUUAAGAAUAACCUCACGAUCCGCAUUUCAUAUAUCUGCGAUGCGACGAGAGAAUGGAACGUAUUUUAAAUACAAUUUCGAAUGUGUUAUUAGGUUGGGACUUUGGGAUUGACUAGAAGUAAGACUAGUUUAUCUCAUCUCACGAGUCUGUCUUUGCAUAGUUUAAAACUCAAUAAAUGUAUCGCUUCAGCGUUUAAAAACUAUUCGGAGAACAACACAUUUGAAUAAUUUACUUAGCGUAUCUACAUGAAAAUCUUAAGGUCAGAUGGGAAAGGAACUUUUUUGCUUGAGGCCCAGGAUCAGUAUUAAAAUUGAAACAAGUGACCAAUUGACCAUGUCAUAGUUCUCUCCACCAGAACCAAUUUUUUUAUUUAUAUUUAAAAUCCUCAAACUCCAAACAAGCAUGCAGCAAAACGCGGAUUACCAUACACUAAAAAGUUCUGACGUGAGCUCAGCGUUUAAGCCUAACAAUAAAUUGUGAGGGGCCUUAAUAAUAUUCCCGUGCCUUUGUCUGCGGCGUCUCGGCGUGAAUAGUUCUAGAAGGAUCUAGGUCGUACUACCGUACGGGUAUGUGAGAUUUAUGCCUAGUGAUGGUGAAAACUCGAGGCAUACAAGUCUGAUGGCUCCUCUA